UUCUUUUAUACAUAAUUCUAUAUCUUUCAUGAUUUCCUUAAUUUGUUCACCAAUAGCUUCUUCUGCCAAUUGAGAAGGGUUUCUCCUGAUCAGAAAAAUUAACACAAUAAUGAGCUUGAAAGCUCUUUUUGUUUGGUGCAUAAUAUGGUUGGGUUUGGUAGAAUUGUCACUUGGAGGAAGAGUGAGACACUACAAGUUUGAUGUGGAGUACAUGAUCAGAAAGCCAGAUUGCUUGGAACACGUUGUGAUGGGAAUCAACGGCCAGUUUCCCGGCCCAACUAUUAGGGCUGAAGUUGGUGACAUUCUUGACAUUGCUCUCACCAACAAGCUUUUCAGUGAGGGAACUGUUGUUCACUGGCAUGGAAUCAGACAGGUUGGAACUCCUUGGGCAGAUGGAACUGCUUCCAUCUCACAGUGUGCUAUAAACCCAGGAGAAACUUAUCAUUACAGGUUUACAGUUGACCGGCCUGGUACAUAUUUCUAUCAUGGACACUAUGGUAUGCAAAGAGCAGCUGAGUUGUAUGGUUCAUUGAUAGUAGAUUUGCCAAAGGGACAAAACGAACCGUUUCAUUACGAUGGUGAAUUCAACCUUCUUCUUAGUGAUUUGUGGCACACAAGCUCACAUGAACAAGAAGUUGGUCUCUCUACAAAACCAUUAAAAUGGAUUGGUGAACCUCAGACUCCGCUCAUCAAUGGAAGAGGACAAUUCAAUUGUUCCCUUGCAUCUAAAUUCAUCAACACAACCCUACCCCAAUGCCAUCUUAAAGGUGAUGAAGAAUGUGCCCCUCAGAUUCUUGAUGUGGAGCCAAACAAGACCUAUAGAAUCAGGAUUGCCAGCACCACUUCCUUAGCUGCACUCAACUUAGCUAUUUCGAAUCACAAACUUGUUGUGGUUGAAGUUGAUGGAAACUACGUUACACCAUUUGCGGUUGAUGACAUGGACAUCUACUCUGGUGAGAGCUACUCAGUGCUCCUUCACACAAACCAAAAUCCAAACAAAAAUUAUUGGCUUUCAAUUGGGGUUAGAGGAAGAAAGCCUAAAACCCCACAAGGCUUGGCCAUUCUAAACUAUAAGACCAUUUCUGCCUUAAUUUUUCCAACUUCUCCACCACCCAUCACACCCCUUUGGAAUGAUUUUGAGCAUAGCAAAGCCUUCACCAAAAAAAUCAUUGCCAAAAUGGGAACCCCACAACCUCCGGAGCAUUCAGACCGCACAAUACUCCUCCUCAACACCCAAAAUCGAGUUGAUGGGUUUACCAAAUGGUCCAUUAAUAAUGUAUCCUUAACAUUGCCACCCACCCCUUACUUGGGCUCAAUCAAGUUCAAAAUAAACAAUGCCUUUGACCAAACGCCCCCACCUGUGACCUUCCAACAAGAUUAUCACAUUUUUAACCCUCCUGUGAACCCAAAUGCAACAAUUGGCAAUGGGGUGUACAUGUUCAAUCUUAAUGAAGUCGUUGAUGUGAUAUUGCAAAAUGCGAACCAAUUAAUUGGGAAUGGUAGUGAGAUUCACCCUUGGCACUUGCAUGGACAUGACUUUUGGGUUUUGGGGUAUGGAGAAGGGAAAUUCAAAUCGGGUGAUGUGAAGAAAUUCAAUUUCACACAAGCACCCUUAAGGAACACCGCAGUGAUAUUUCCAUAUGGUUGGACUGCAUUGAGGUUUAAGGCCGAUAACCCAGGAGUUUGGGCCUUCCAUUGUCACAUUGAGCCUCAUUUGCACAUGGGAAUGGGUGUGGUUUUUGCUGAGGGUGUUCACAAAGUUGGAAAAAUCCCAAGAGAAGCACUAACUUGUGGUCUUACAGGAAAGAAGCUAAUAGAAAACGGACGCUACUAAAACUAGCUUGCCACACUAUUGAUGCUUAAUAGGCCUUAAGUUGCCAAGUGUAUGUUUCCUUUGUCCUCUUUCUCAAUUCUGUUUGUGGGGUUUGUUUUGUACUAUUUUCUCUUGUAGAAUUGGACCUAUUAUCUUAUAGGGUAGUCAUGUCUUCUCCUUUAAGGUAAUUUAUUUAUUUUAUUGCAUUCUUGUGUAACUCAUUAAUUUAAUUUUGAGAAAUGUGUUAAGAGAAGGAUUGAA